AUGCCGUCUUCGAACUCGCCCGUGACCUUCCUUCUUCCUGAUCUCCACGCUCUCACCCCCUUCAAGGGUGGCUUCAACCCCAACCAUGACCGCUUCCAGUACGAGCGCGCCGAGCGCAACGCCCUCUACUCCCACCUCCCCGAGCGCAAGCGUGCGUUUUUCAGCGCGAUGACGGGCGAGCUCCUCACCGCCCACUCCUGCCCGUACGCCACCUUCGAGCGCCUGCGCGUCCUCCGCGACUUCAUCGACCUCCUCUACGUCUUCGACCUCACCACCGACGACGAGUCCGGCGAGGCGGCCUGGAGCUCCACCCACACCUGGUCUCACUCUUUCGCCGACGAGAGGUAUGACGACGGCACGCGACUCUGCAAGCUUAUCAAGAGGUUCACCGCGCAGCUCCGCAAAGCCUGCCACCCCGUCGCGCCGAACCACUACCGCCGUUUCGUCGAGCAAUGCCGUUUGUACGCGGAGGCGACAGCGCGCGAGGCCGAGUACCGCGAGCGCGGGAUCGUGCUCGACUUGGAGGCAUAUCAGGAGUCACGCCGGCACGCGAGCGGCGUCCUUCCAUGCUUGACGCUCGCGGGCAUCGCGCACCUGACGGAGCUCCCCGACGAGGUCGUCGACCACUCCGCAUUCUACACGAUGCUCAUCGCGACGACGGACAUGGUCUGGUGGGCCAACGACCUCUACUCGUACAACAUGGAGCAAGCGAUGGGCCACUCGGCCCACAACGUCCUCACCGUGCUCAUGAAGGCGAAGGGCCUCGACCUCCAGGGCGCGUGCGACUACGUCGGCGCGCACUACGCCGGCCUCAUCCGCACCUACCUCGACGCCAAGCGGCGCCUGCCGUCGUGGGGCGCGCGCGCCGACCGCCAGAUCGCGCAGCACGCGAUGGGCAUGGAGGCCUGGGCCGUCGGCAACAUCAACUGGUCCUUCCAGACCGCGCGCUACUUCGGCCACGCGCACGACGACGUCCGCCGCACCCGCAUCGUCGAGCUCUAUCCGCCCCGCACGUAA